AGCCGAGGCAAUAAAAAAAUGCCACACUUCAUAUAUAUAUAUAUAUAACACAAAUACAUGGACAAUUUCCCUUCUUAUCUCCAAACUUAUAACUCUUUCCAACCUUCUCAUAUAUAUCUUUGUAGCAUCCAAUUCCAAUUCAAGUCAUUCACUUGUAACACACAAACAAAGUGAUGUCUGCAGAACAUGUUCUAAGGUUGCUAGAUUCCUUCUGGUAUGAGACUACAAUUCUCACCAACAACAAAAACCCUUCAAACUUUAAUCCGAAAGUGGAAAAAGUGCUUCUUCAAGAUACAAAGCUUCUUCUAGUUCCAACUCAAAACCUUGAAGUAAGGUUCUAUAGUGAACAAAACUUGGACUUCACAGGAUGUGUUUUCUGUGAUUCUUCAUCACCAAAUUCUGUUCUAAACUCAUCUAAGCUCAGAACAAUCCCUUCUAUGAGUGAAAUCACAGAAUUCUCAAAAGGGACUACUAGUGAAAAAAAUCAUGAAAAGUGUGAGAUUAAAACUGAGAAAAAACAUAGCCAUAGUCAUAGAAGAAGAAGCUUCCAGAAAAGAAAAAGCAGAAGCUUUUCAGAGCUAGAGUUUAAGGAGCUUAAAGGGUUUAUGGAUUUGGGUUUUGUGUUUUCUAAGGAAGAUAAAGAUUCAAAAUUGGUUUCUCUGAUACCUGGAUUGCAAAGGCUUGGAAAAGAAGAAGAUGACGAAGAACAGAAGAAGAUUGAUGAAAGUGUUGUAUCUGACAAACCUUAUUUAUCUGAAGCUUGGGAUGUUCUAGACCAAAAAGAGAGAAGAAAUCCAUUACUGAAUUGGAGGGUACCAGCUAAGGGUAGUGAGAUUGACAUCAAACACAAUCUUAAAUUUUGGGCUCAUACAGUUGCAUCUGUUGUUGGAUAACAAUGAUGCCGGUUUUAAAUUGCGGUUGCAGCUGUGUAAUGUGAGCAAAUGCAUUUGAUAUAAUCACAAUUGCUAUUAUAAUAUGGUUGCAGAAAUUUUAGAAUAUGUUAUGUUGCAGUUGCAAAUGCAGUAAGUUUGUGUUUUUCUUGUAGAAGUUAUGUAAGAUUAGAUUUUAACUAGAAUAAUAAAUGUAUAUAUUUUCCAAGUUUUUUCACUGGCCCAAUUUUUUGAAUCUCCCUAAAAAAACAAAUGUAUUGGAUGGUAAAUCAUGUGAAUGGUUGGUUGUAAUA